AUGCCCAAACUACAAGGUUCAGUUGGCGCCAAGAUAGAGCGGACAAGAACCUUUACAGGCUGCCGCACCUGUCGAAGCAGACACGCAAAAUGCGAUGAAGCUCAACCCCAAUGCGGCACUUGCCAACGCCUGGGGUUGACAUGUGGAGGAUACGGGGCGAAGCUGUUUUGGAUCGCGGAUGAUGCUGUCAGACCCGAGUUGCAGCAGAGUCAUCGGGGUUCCGAGUAUCGGUAUCCACUCUUCUCCGGCACGUCUUCCGAUCAGUCGCAUAAGACUCAGCGCAAGUUGAUGAGUGAUGAGCUCUCACAGAGUCUGGACAGAAGAACUGCUGCGUCUCUGCUAGCUGAUAUUGACUCGGCUGGUGAGAAGAUGGCAAUUGAUAAUUCUGGCUCAGCUUUGGUCAAAGGUCCAUUUGGAGUGUUCCAGUCAAUUGGAGACUCUGUAUCUCCCGAUACUGUCGAGUGCUCGCCGGAUACUAAUACCGAUGAUACCUUUACAAGCAUGUAUCCCGAAACAGACAGCUUUGUCGAGGAUAUUCAGCGAUCAGAUUGGCCGGAUCAACUUCCUACUGAUGAAUUGGAUAUCUUUGCUGCAUCACUAGACCCGCAUUUUGAGAUCAUCGAGGAUCCAAGUAUAGUCAAUCAAGUACACGACUCCUCAAUAACGGGCUUCUUUAUAGAUGACCUUACGGGUGCCGAAGGACUAAUCUUCAGCCCUGGGUUCAUGUCACGGGUUAUCGGUACUCCCGAGCUUGAAGCAGAAGAAAAUCUCGAUUCAGAACGUGUUACGGAUAUAAUCCCAUACCCGACAGAAACAUCACACAGCCGCGCAGGUAUACCCGAAGAAGCAGGGCAUCUACUCAGACACUACAGACAGAACAUGGCUCGUCGGUCAACAAUGCAGGCAAAGCGUAAAUCACCCUGGGAAAUAAUAUUUCUCCCCUGUGCGCUCGAGACCUUUGCAGAGUUAUCUCUAUGGAAUGAAGCAUCUCAUACUCGUUCGUCCAUAUUUUAUACCCUUCUCGCUCACAGUGCCCUGCAACUUCAUAUCUCGGGAUCUGAUUCAAAAUGGAAGGAAAUUGGAUUGAAGAACCAUGAACGAGCACAGGGUCAUUUGAGAGAGGCGCUUCAGCGUGAGAUGUUUGGGCCAAAGCAGGCUAGUUAUAAAGAGCUUUUGAUGGCCAUUCUCGCUAUGGCUAUGACUUCGCUCCAUAAUGGGACUCGUGCCUUUAGAAUAUUCCUCCUCGAUGCAGAACGUCUUAUUCGACUAAGAGGUUUAGUCAACCAAAACCCCUUCAAGACCCGUCUUCUACACCACAUGUACACUCACCUACGCGUCAUCGCAGAAAGCAUGUCUCUCUGCACAGAAGCAAUCACUGAGAGUUCCGCCAAAGAAAACCAAGUCCAAGAACUCAGUCGAACGUUUCGUAUCACGGAAGAGGGUUUGAACAUUGGUCUUGACCCUGCACAAGAAAAGACAGACGAUAUAGGCUACAACGAUAUCCACUUGGAAGUCCAAGGGCGUUGGAAUCAUACUCUUUACCCUGUUAUAUAUGGGAUUCCGGAGAGUCUGAUGACGCUUUUGAGUCAGACUGUUUCUCUCUCGAAUGAGAAAGCUCGUUUGGAGAAUGUGGCGCGGUGCAAUCCUGGUAUAUCAGAGGCAUUAGCAAAACAUACAAAAACACUAGAAAACAGAAUAUGGGGCUGGCCUUCCACUCUUGACCCUACAGGACCCGUCGAAGUAUCCUGCAGAACAACCGAUCUCGUCACACAACCCCAAAUCCGCUCCAUGACACUCGCCAUCCACCAAGCCCUAGUAAUCUACUUCUACCGGCGCGUCUACGACAUGAACGCCAUGAUUCUGCAAGAUCUUGUUCGAAAAACGCUAGAUUAUCUAGAGCCUUGCUUGAGCGAUUUGAUAGACGAGCAGGACUUUGCGACGAGUUUGGCGUGGCCUGCUUUUGUGGCAGGGGCACCCUUCUUGGAUGACUCGCUACCACAUAUUUCUGUCUUUUCAUUAUCCGAUGUUAAUAAAAGAUUCGAGGAUCUAGCAUUUGAAGAUCAAGAUGGACUAUGA